GAAAUACGUAAUUGUCAAACUUGACACUUCAUGCAAAACCAAAAUAUAAACAUCGGACUUGUAAACUACAGCUUGGUUUUAUCAGCAUUUUGUUGUUAUUUGUCACAAAAAUGUAUAAAAAUUCAAGGAAUUUCUAAAAGUGUUCGAAUAAAAUUUUCCUGUGAAAUGCCAUCAUUUUGUGCAGUAGCGAAUUGUGAGCUGAAAUAUUCACAUUCGGAGAAUGUGUCGUUUCACAAAUUUCCGUUAAAAAAUGCCAAAAUCCUGGCCGAAUGGAUAAAAUUCACGAAUCGUGGUUCAAAUUGGAAACCGUCGCGUUGGAAUUCAAUUUGCUCACGUCAUUUCGAUAAGUCCGACUUCCGCGAGUAUUUGUCGCGCAAAUGUUUGAAAAAGGAAGCGAUUCCAACCAUAAUAACGAAAAAUAAUAUAUCAUAUGAAACUUAUCACAUUUCAACUGGUUCACCGGACGAUACGCGGACGGCACACUCAGAGCAAGAUGACUAUGGAGCGACGGCAGAAGCGUUUGACGAUAGCAAAGCGUCAUCGGAAGAGAUAUGUCGACUGUGUGGAGAUCGGGCUGACAAUCUAACGUGCAAUGCAUUGCGAUCAUUGGACGAUCCCGAAGUCGAUUUGAUGUGUCGCAAGUGUUUGCCUGCAGUGAAUGUAUAUGCUCACAUGGAUCAAUCGCGAAUCGCUUGCAGUGACUGCAUUGCUCAGCUGAAGCAAUACGCAGACUUUAUCGAUAAGGUUCUUUUGUAUCAACGUGAAUUGGGUGUGAUGGAAAAUUUCGAUAGCUAUGCGACCAGUGAGAAUAGUCUAGUCAAUGGUAAUCGAAGGAGUGGCACCAUAAAACCAUCAACGCCAAAUCCCAAUCCAAAUUUAUUCAUCAAACAAGAACCGAUCAAUGUGAAACAGGAAAAGGUGGAGAGUUCAAAUCGACGGCCAUUCACCGCACAAAUUCCAACUACAUCACCAUCACUUUGUCCCAAUCCAUUUGCCGAACCAAAGAAAAUGAAAGGAGUCGCGCAGCAAGAAAUCAAUUUGCCAAAAACGGAGUUGAGUUCGACGUAUUGUGAAGAAUGCGAUCGAAUUUUUGCCAAUAAUUUCGAAUUUCAGUCACAUGAAUGCACGAGUGCCGUGCAAAAUGCGGACCGAGAACAGGGGAAUAAUUGUGAAAUUAUGGAAGUGAUCACUCUGAAUAAUCCUAUCAGUUUCAUUGAUUUGGCUGAAGAUGAAAAUGCAACGAACAUCGAACCGAGGAAACCAAAAGCUGAAGGGUUGAUUGAGUUUGAACAACGGGAACGUCUGGAAUUUGAACAUGCCUAUGCAAAACGGGCCGCCAGCGCUUCGUGCAAUCUGAAACAGGAGAUUAUUGAUUCUUAUAAUGAUGCAUCACAAAAUGGUUACGAUUACAAUGAUCAGGCGACAGAAAAUGAGGAUAAUCAAGGAACGUGCUUUGAAGAAUCGGCUCAAACGUAUUUCGACUGCCCGAAAUGCAACCAGUCAUUUGUUUCGCAAGAAAUACUCGAUGAACACUGCACCAAUUCACAUCCAGUUAAUCAUAAAAUCUGUUCGAUCUGUAGUGCUGAAUUCAAAUCGCACUAUGAAUACCUCAUACAUAAAAACAAGGUGCACACGCAGCGGUUCUAUUGCAAUAAAUGCAAGCAGAAAUUUUAUACGCAAUCAGCUCUGAAAUUCCACGAACGACUUUGCACACGCGAAUCCAAGGAUUUUUGCUUUUCAUGCAGGCAUUGUGGCAAGCGCCAAAAGAAUCUGGCUGUUAUGAGGAAACACCUUGGCAUUUGUAUGGGGAAAAUGGCCGAGCAACCGAUUGAACCAGCGCUGAAAGUGUCACAAAAUAUGCAGUACGAAGCGGUACAGAAGUAUGAGGCGUCGAAUCGACAUUUUUUGGCGAUGAAGAAUUUUAAUCAGCCAAAUGAUAUGCACUUGAAUGUGAGUCAUGCCACCGAAAAGCUGGAAAUUGAAAGUGACGUGACUGACCCACGUCUCAUGAGUAUUGUCGAUAAUGAGCCGGGUGAGAAGCAAAGCUUUAAAUUCAUCGUAGAUGACUCCAAGUUCAUAUUUCUCAAUGAAAGAAAAUCGGCUCCGUCUAAUGAACUAAACGACACCGUAAACACUGGUCUUAAUGGAAAGUUUGCAUGCGAUACUUGCGGUUUGCCGUUUGCUUCAUUCGUUUACCUGAAACGGCACAAAAUGGAGCAUGACUCAGAGCGAAAGUUUUGUUGUUCGCUAUGCCCGAAAACAUUUAAGGGCAUUUCCGGCCUUAAGCAACACAUCAGCGGUUAUCACUAUAAAAUCAAACCAUACAUCUGUUCCGUGUGCAACUACGCAUACGCACUGAAAGGUGAUAUGCAACGGUGUCGACACUCCAAGCUGAAAAACCAGUCUUCAUUCAAAAUUGCUUGAACAUUUCCAAUGAAUCAUUGUACUUUUUUCAUUUUGACAACUUUUAUUGAACAGUUUUCACAAUUUUAUUUUUUUGUUUGUUUCAUUUUUCUUACAUUAUUAAAAUACAUCAAGAUGCAAUAAACAUGAAA